CAGAAGUCGGGCUACGUUAGCUCUUCCCUGGCCCCCAUGUGGAAUCAACCGCAUUGCCAUCCAGGUGCUUAAUAAGCAUAUGCUUGGUGUCCUGUUGACUUCUGGGGAGGAACCAGAAGCCCCAAGGGAUUUAGAGUCUUCCUUCUGUGCCCCUUACCGAUUUCCCCAAACUAGGAGCCUUGAAACGCAGAGCCCAGCGUGGUUCUUGGCACAUAGUAGGCACUCAGAUAUUGACUGGACUGAUAUAUGACCCCAAGGGGCAAAACAGGAUGACCUAAUAACUCACUCCAGGCCCUUCUCCCAGACUUCCCCUCUGAGAAAUGCCCAGGAGCUUCUCGGGAGGCACUUGCCAGCCUGGACAUCCCAAGCGCUUGGAGGGGUGGGGUGGGGGGGCAGCCCCAGCCCCUGCUUCCUGUCAUCAGUGUAAUGCAUUCAUAUCUACAAUAUGGCAAAUUUCAUAUCCUCCCACCCUCUUUCCUGCAUUAUUGAUGGGCUGUGCACUUUUAAAAAAUCAAUUAGAUCAGGGCGUGGAGCUGGAGUUAAAAGAAGCCUUUAAAAGUCUGCUCUUGUUUUUGCUGUUUUGAAUAGGAACAGAUACAGCUUUCUCUCUGGUUUGAAUAAGUCAAGCCCAGGGCUAGGUUGGCUGUGAUUGGCCAGGACUAGGAAAAUGCGGUUAGGAUGCAAACGCAAGCAAAUAUAACCCAGUGUAUGCGCAGCCAUUACUAAGGUAAGGCAGCAGGACCUGGAACCUCCAGCAUUGGGUGGUUCCUCAACAGUGCUUACCCGCCAGAAAACUGGGAAGAGCGCUGAGAGAGAAGGCAAGGUAAGUUCUAUUUGGUUUAUGGAUGCACGUCAAUAGAGCAAUUUUACUUGAACUAGAAAGAAACAAAAGAGAGAGGAGAUUAAAAUUUCCUUGGCUUUGUGUUCUCGGAUGAGGCUUUUAAAGGGUUGAACCAGGAGUUUGUGACCAGUUUUGCAAACUUCCUGCUGAGAAGUCUAGGUGCUUUUUAGAGACCACAAAACAUAGGGCACACUUUGAAAAGCUUGGAAAGAUUCACCCAUCUCAAAGAGAUGGUAUGGGGCAAGGCAGAAAUUUAAACCAGCUUCCUCUGGGGUCCGUUCCUAGGAGUAUUGGUAAGAAUUAAGGGCCACCAGCUUUUAAACUGGGAUUUCACAACUGCACCCCGCCCAGCGGUUUGUGCAGUGGUCUCAAAGGGUGCUGAGUUGAUAAAUCAGGACUUGAGGAGGAGGGAGGGAGAGACUGAGCUUUGGGGGACUUUGCUCAGUCCCCCAGUCACAUUUUCUGGGUGUUCCAGUAUGACAAAGUCCCUGUUUUGAGCAUGUCCUCUCCUGCAUUUCAGGGACCCUGGCCCAGUGAGCAUUUUGGUUGCUAAGUCCCUGCUGGAAAAUGGGACUGUUUUUGGCCUCUGGACUCACAGUUCUAAUUAGUGCCAGCUGGUUUGACUUGUACCAGGUUUACUCUUAACCUCUCUCCAAGGAAUGAAUUCCUUGUCCCUUUCCCCUAAUUGGGUCACAGCAUUUGCCUUUAAUGACUGAAAUCUAGGGUCUGAAGAAAACCUGAACAAAUAUUUCCUGGCAAUUCUAAGCAGCACAGGGUGGGGCAGUGCCAAUUAUCAAAUUAAAUCCUUAAACACUGGCAGCUCCGCAUCACUGCUCUGCGUUAGUCCUGCUGUAGCAGUAGACAAAGAGAGUUUUUUGUUUGUCUUUUGUUUUGUUUUUUUGCCAAUGUCCAUACUAGAUAAUGGCACAUACUCUCCAAACCUGGGUUCAUCCGCCAAGGCUUAAGAAAAGAAUGGCCAGACAUGCUCCUCUUAACAAGCACAAUAUGCCUCCAAAUAGCAAAACCCCAGAUAGUCCUUUCUGGGUGGGGUUGUUUUUUUCUUUUGUUUCUUGUUCUUUAUCCUAUGUAACUUCAUCAGGCCCUUCCUUUUUCCUUUGCCUCUUGGGAGCGUUCAUCAGUGAUGUGUAUCAAUCAGAUUGCAAGCCCCUUGAGAGCAAGAACCAGGCAGGAAUUUUCAUUAUUUAAAGCCUGUGUGGCCAUGGACGUGUAGGUGCUUGAUAACCCUAGACACACUUCGAACAGAGAUGUCCCAGGAAGACAAGUGCCAUGUCUCUGAGCAGCGCCUUUCAGGCUGUGGGCAACGACCCUGGGAUCAUCACCUGGAGAAUAGAGAAAAUGGAGCUGGCGCUGGUGCCCCUGAAUGCCCACGGCACCUUCUAUGAGGGGGACUGCUACCUCAUCCUCUCGACCCGGAGAGUGGGCAGCAUCCUCUCCCAGGACAUCCACUUCUGGAUUGGGAAGGACUCCUCGCAGGAUGAGAAGAGCUGCGUAGCCAUCUACACUACGCAGCUGGACGACUACCUGGGGGGCAGCCCCGUGCAGCACCGGGAGGUCCAGUGCCACGAGUCCGACACCUUCCGCGGCUACUUUAAGCAGGGCAUCAUCUACAAGAAGGGGGGUGUGGCCUCUGGGAUGAAGCACGUGGAGACCAAUACCUACGACGUGAAGCGGCUGCUGCACGUGAAGGGGAAGAGAACCAUCAGGGCCACCGAGGUGGAAAUGAGCUGGGACAGUUUUAACCGAGGUGAUGUCUUCCUGCUGGACCUCGGGAAGGUCAUCAUCCAGUGGAAUGGCCCAGAGAGCAGCAGUAGGGAGCGUCUGAAGGCCAUGCUUCUGGCAAAGGAUAUUCGGGACAGGGAGCGAGGGGGCCGUGCUGAAAUAGGGGUAAUAGAGGGAGACAAGGAGGCGGCCAGUCCGGAGCUGAUGAAGGUCCUUCAGGACACCCUCGGCCGGCACUCCAUUAUCAAGCCUGCGGUCCCCGAUGAGAUCACAGAUCAGCAGCAGAAAUCAAAUAUCACGCUGUAUCAUGUCUCAGACUCAGCUGGGCAGCUGGCGGUCACAGAGGUAGCAACGAGGCCUCUGGUCCAGGGCUUACUGAACCAUGAUGACUGCUACAUCCUGGACCAAAGUGGAACCAAGAUCUAUGUGUGGAAAGGAAGAGGAGCCACAAAGGUUGAGAAACAGAUGGCCAUGUCUAAAGCUCUGAACUUCAUCAAGAUGAAGGGCUACCCCAGCAGUACCAACGUGGAGACCGUCAGUGAUGGUACCGAGUCAGCCAUGUUCAAGCAGCUGUUCCAGAAGUGGUCAGUGAAGGAACAGACCGUGGGUCUGGGGAAAACGUUCAGCAUUGGUAAAAUCGCUAACGUUUUCCAGGAUAAAUUUGAUGUGACUCUGCUGCACACCAAACCAGAGGUGGCAGCCCAGGAAAGAAUGGUCGACGACGGCAACGGCAACGUUGAGGUCUGGAGAAUUGAAAACCUGGAGCUGGUCCCCGUGGAGCAUCAGUGGUAUGGCUUCUUUUAUGGGGGAGACUGCUAUCUGGUUCUCUAUACGUACGAGAUGCACGGGAAGCCGCACUACAUCUUGUACAUCUGGCAGGGCCGCCACGCCUCACAGGAUGAGCUGGCAGCCUCGGCAUACCAGGCGGUGGAGGUGGACCGGCAGUUUGAUGGGGCCCCUGUGCAGGUUCGGGUUACCAUGGGGAAGGAGCCACGCCACUUCAUGGCCAUCUUCAAAGGAAAGCUGGUUAUCUUCGAGGGUGGGACUUCCAGGAAGGGAAAUGCCGAGCCCGAUCCUCCGGUAAGGCUCUUCCAGAUUCAAGGAAAUGACAAAUCUAACACCAAAGCGGUGGAGGUUCCAGCCUUCACCUCCUCCCUAAACUCCAAUGAUGUCUUUCUGCUGCGGACCCAGACAGAGCACUACCUGUGGUAUGGCAAGGGGUCUAGUGGGGAUGAGCGGGCAAUGGCUAAGGAGCUGGCCGGACUUCUCUGUGAUGGCACCGAGAACACAGUGGCUGAGGGCCAGGAGCCAGCUGAGUUCUGGGACCUGCUGGGAGGAAAAACUCCCUAUGCCAAUGACAAAAGACUACAGCAGGAAAUCCUAGAUGCCCAGUCCCGUCUCUUUGAAUGUUCCAAUAAGACUGGCCGGUUCAUUGUCACUGAGAUCACAGACUUCACCCAGGAUGACCUGAACCCAGAUGAUGUGAUGCUCCUGGAUACCUGGGACCAGGUGUUCUUGUGGAUUGGGGCUGAGGCCAACGCCACAGAGAAGGAGAGCGCUCUUGCUACCGCCCAGGAGUACUUGCGCACUCACCCCAGUGGCCGAGACACCGGCACACCAAUCCUGAUCAUUAAACAGGGGUUCGAGCCUCCCAUAUUCACAGGCUGGUUCUUGGCCUGGGACCCUCACAUUUGGAGCGCAGGGAAAUCAUAUGAACAGUUAAAAGAAGAGCUGGGAGACGCUGCUGCUAUCACGAGAAUCACUGCUGAUAUGAGGGACACAACCCUCUCCCUGAAUUCGGAGCCAAAAUAUUACCCCGUAGAAGUUCUGUUGAAAAAUCAGAGUCAGGAGUUGCCUGAGGAUGUGAACCCUGCCAAAAAGGAGAAUUACCUCUCUGAACAGGACUUUGUUUCUGUGUUUGGCAUCACAAGAGGGCAAUUUGCUGCUCUGCCUGGCUGGAAACAGCUCCAGAUGAAGAAAGAAAAGGGGCUUUUCUGAGGCAAGACAUCUGCCUACUGCAAGACCCCAGAAGAAAGCAGAUAGUGCCAGUACCAGGAAGGAAUUUCUCUACUAAUUUCUGUCUAACAUCCAGCUACUUAAUGUUGAUACAGUAGGCUCUGCAAAUCACAGCAUGUUCUCCAUUUUUCUCAUCCCUGCGUUCCUUAGUUGUUAUAUACCUAAAAUGUUAGCUGCCCACUUUUUAAUUUUUGUGGCCUCAGCAGAAAGCACUAAAACUGCAGGAAUCUGGAGAA